CUCCCUUUCUAUAUAAAGCACUGGAAGUCAUCCAUUCUUUCAUCUCUCUCUCUCUCUCUCUCUUACAGUUUCUCUGCAACAACAAAGCUACACUAAUGGCGAAGGAAAUGUAUUUUGAAGGCAAACAACCCAUCAAAUCCAUAUUCCUUACUCACUCUCACCACCAAAAUGAGAAGGGACAGAUUGAUGAACAUGUAAUUGUUGAAGAUCAGAUCGAAAUUGAUGAAUCCUUGAAGAUCGAUAUCAAUCUUCUCACUGUGAAGACAUUGAUCAGCUCAGGUGGACAGUCGGCUGUCUACGAAGGGCGGUACAAAGGUGUUCCAGUGGCUCUAAAGAUCAUAUCACAAUUGGCUGUAUCAAAUGCGAGUCUUGAUAACAAGGAUAAGAUUCUAAGGGAAAUUAUGAUAUUAUCUCGAGUGAAGCAUGAAAAUGUAGUGAAGUUUAUUGGUGCUUCGUCUCAUCCAACUUUUAUUAUAGUAAUGGAGUAUUUGAAAAAUGGAUCACUUAAGAAUUAUUUGCGCAGAAUCAAACCUUAUGGUGGUAUAGAUUUGAAAUGUUCUAUAAACUUCGCUUUGGAUAUUUCUGAAGCUAUGGAAUGCUUGCACAGUAAUGGAAUCAUUCACAGAGACCUGAAGCCAAGUAAUCUACUUUUAAGUGAAAACUUUGAAAAAUUGAAAUUGUGUGACUUUGGACUCGCAAGGGAAGAGUCUCUAACUGAAAAUAUGACUGCUGGGUCUGGAACACUUCGCUGGAUGGCUCCUGAGAUGUUUGGUGAAGGAUCACUUAAACGAGGUGAUAAGGUACACUAUGAUCACAAGGUUGAUGUCUACAGUUUCUCCAUGAUUUUAUGGGAAAUGCUUAACAAUUGCAUACCAUUCGAAGGGAUGGGUAACUUCCAAGCAGCCUAUGCUGCAAAGCAGAAAGCCAUAAGACCUAGUUUGGAGAAUGUACCAAAGGGAAUUGCCACACUCUUGAAGAUGUGUUGGGCAGCUGACCCUAGCCACCGCCCUGAAUUCAUCCAUAUCACCAAAGCUUUAUCUGAAUUUCUCAUUACUCUUACUCCAUCACCCUACACUCCUCGGCUGUGCACAAUUGAAGAAGAUGUAGAAGACCAUUUAAUCAUCAGCAAGAGAGUAGAAGGAGAUAGCACUUCUGGCUCUGGCUCUGCCAUUGUCAUUGCCAAUCCCAUGGUCCAGGAGGUUCAAGAGGUUAAGGCUAAUGUUGACAAGUUCAACAGCUCUUUAUACUCCAAAAUCUGUAAAUUAUUUGGUCUCUGCUUCUCCAAGAAGAUUUGAUCCCCAUGCCACCAGAGUCACUUUAAAUUAAAGUGGAGAUUCUUAAAUAAGGUUGAUGGUUGUUUAUGCUUCAAUGUUAAUCUUUCUGUUGUGGUUGUGGUGGCGACGGUGGCUUGAGAGUUGGCCUCAAUAUAGACUGACUUAUUUCCUUUAAAUCUUUAAUACUUAAUAUGAUAUUUGGUCUA